AGAAGAUCUGGAGUUAUGCUUGUUUUGGAGUCCAGGCAUGUCUUCCAUAAACAUUGUGUUGAUCCCUGGUUGAAUGAACAUUACACUUGCCCCAUCUGCAAACAAAACAUCCUGAAAGCCCUUGGAUUGCUGUUAGGGCCAGAUGUACACUGCGCAGAGAAUUCAACGCUUGAUAUGGAGAGAUCAGUCAGAGAAUCGCCCUCCAAUCAGAGGUCCAUGCCUAUUGAUGUGACGAAUAAUGGUUCCAUCAGUCUUGAACCACUCCGUUUUCUGGGAAGCUCACCGUUGAGUCAGGAAGAGGAACCUGUGCCACGAUCUAGAGAAAUGAACGUCACUGUAACCAAAGAAUGGCUUAUUAUCGCAAGUUUUGGUGUGCUUAGCGCUCUCACUCUCUUCUACAUGAUAAUCAAAGCAACCACAGGCACAGCAGAAGAUGAAUAUGAAAGUGAGACAAUACAGUUGUGAAAGAUUGGAAAUGAAAGAAGAUAAUUGAACAGGUAAGUACCACCAUGGCAAGU